GUCGGCCUUCCGAAGUGUUCGGACGGCAUCCUCCAGCUCGACGGAGUCUACGAGGCCCAUGCGGUGAAGGCCCGGUCUGAGAAGAUCUGGCUAUUGGCGUGGCACUUCCUGGGCGCGGUGAAGAAGCCGGAGGAGGUCCUCGUGGAGGGGCCUUCGUGCCUAGUGACGGGGAGUGCCGAGCUGCACCUUUGGGCUCCCGUCCGCUUCCAGGGCAGCCUGGUCCUCGCGGGGCAGCUGAAUGUAAAGGCUGCCGGCGGCGGCGGCAGGGUCAACGCCAACGCCCCUUGCGUCGCCAUCGAGGGCAACUUUACAUUGCACCCCGAAGCUCGCCUCAGCAUUCAGGGCUGCCAGAAUCUGGGUGAAUUUAAUCUGGCUGUCUUGACAAGGGGCGCCUCUGACAAAGGGCAUGCAGGCAAAGGAGGCUGCCUCCACAUUGGCGGCGAUGCCGAUCUUCUGGGCGGCCAGUUGCUUCUGCAUGAAUGCAAUGCAAGAAAGGGGCUCGGAGGCGGCAUGCACGUCAAAGGCCGGACCGGCAUUUGCUGCUUUGACCUAGGAAAACGCCGUCCUCGAACGCUUGCGCGUGAAGAGCUCUGA